UAUUUUCCGGAUUUAAAAAAAAAAAAAAAUUACGCGACACGAAUUUGCGCACGGUCCUUUCAUAACCUUUGACCUCAGAAUAUCGCUGAAGCCGCGCUAAGGCCACGAACUUGUAUUACACGUCCACGCUAUGGCAAGCACAGAGGGACAGGUUAUUUUCUGCAAGGCAGCUGUUGCCUGGGAGGCCAAGCAGCCUCUAACAAUUGAAACAAUUGAAGUUGCUCCUCCAAAAGCAGGUGAAGUUCGUAUUAAGGUUGUUGCAACAGGAGUUUGCCAUACAGAUGCCUAUACCCUCGACGGACAUGACCCUGAGGGAAUUUUUCCUGUCAUCCUUGGGCAUGAAGGAGGUGGCAUUGUGGAGAGUGUAGGGGAAGGUGUUACAUCAAUGGAAAAAGGUGACUUUGUAAUUCCUCUCUACAUCCCUCAAUGUUAUGACUGCAAGUUUUGCAAAAGUCCGAAGACCAAUCUUUGUGGCAAAAUCAGAACAACUCAAGGAAAGGGAGUUAUGCCUGAUGGAACCACUCGAUUUAAGUGCAAGGGAAAGGAUCUUUUUCAUUUUAUGGGAACAAGCACUUUCAGUGAAUAUACUGUUUGUGCUGAGAUUUCUGUGGCGAAGAUUAAUCCAAAGGCACCUCUGAAUCGAGUUUGUUUGCUUGGAUGUGGCAUAUCUACUGGCUAUGGAGCAGCUCUGAAUACUGCAAAGGUUGAAAAGGGAUCAACCUGUGCUGUGUGGGGUCUUGGAGCUGUUGGACUGGCUGUUGUACUGGGUUGCAAGAAGGCUGGUGCAAAGCGCAUAAUUGGUAUCGAUAUAAACACCGAUAAAUUUGAGACAGCUAAGAGUUUUGGAGUAACUGAGUGUGUGAACCCAAAUAAUGACACUCGACCAAUACAGGAUGUGAUUGUGGAGCUUACAGAUGGUGGAUGUGACUACACUUUUGAAUGCAUUGGAAAUGUGAAAACAAUGCGUGCUGCUCUGGAGUCAUGCCACAAAGGAUGGGGGGAGUCGACCAUCAUUGGUGUGGCAGCGGCUGGACAAGAAAUCUCCACUCGACCAUUCCAGCUUGUCACUGGAAGAGUAUGGCGGGGCUCAGCUUUUGGAGGGUGGAAGAGCAGAGACAGUGUUCCAAAACUUGUGGAAGAGUACCUUAAAGGAGAACUAGAGGUGGACAAGUUUGUGUCAUACCAAAUGCCACUUGAAGAAAUUAACACUGCAUUUGACUAUAUGCACAGUGGCCAAAGCAUCCGUUCUGUCAUAGAGUUUGGAGAGUGAAAUUGCUGCAGAGUCAUCCCACUUUUGAAUCCUGCUCUUUGCAUGGACUUCAGCCUUUCAUUUAAACAAAAGUUUAAUUAUGUUUUUAAUCAAAUAGACAUGUCAAUAACUAAUGAAAAUUUUUUUCAUGUAUUUCUUUAGGAUUUGAUGAUUAAAAAGAUGGUCAUUAAGAAUCCAUCACUGUUUCUGGGUAAACUUUUCCUUGCCCAACUUGCUUGAGUGUUGCGUACUGUAAAUGCUACUAGAAAGUGUUGUAGUUCGGGGAGACAUUGUAAGGAAUAUGAUCCUAACCAGUAUUUUAUUUUUGUUGACUUCAAUAUUUAUAACUUCAUGCGGACCAAAAAUAAAAUUUAAAUGUUUUCAAAUUUCAAAAGUCUAUUCAUGAAAUAUUUUGCAUUUAAUUACAAAAUUGUGCAUGAAAAUACAAAUUUUAACUUUAGAUUCUUUUAAAUCCUCUAUCCUAAGGGCUGUCUGGGGUGGGUCAAUGACUGUUUCUAAAAUCUUGACAUUAAAAAGAAUAUUUAAAGACAAGAUAGCCAGUUGAAUAACACAUUUCUAAUUGUUAACACUUUUAUGCUUUAAAUGUAACACAUUAGAAAGUAUAGAAUGUUGUAACCAGUCAUUUAAAAUAAAAAUAUUCGUGGAAAA